UUUCUCCUGAACUUUAUGCCUUUCACUUCUUUAUUUCCCCCAGUGUGGUGAAAAGUUGCAUCCUAGCUGUAGCCUCGAUUUAUUUCAUCUUUUAAUUAAUGAAAUCACAGUCGAUGAAAAUAUAUUUUAACGCCCUUCUGGUGAAUGAUCGAAUAUAGUUAAGAUCUGUCGCCUCUUUUCUCAUAUUUCAAACAGGUAAUUUCUUUUUAUUUCUAACUUUGCACUUUGGUCUAAAAAUUUUCUUUUGUAUUUAUUUAUAUUUAUGUACUGUGCGAAUAAUUAUUUGCUGUGUACAUUGUAACUGUACACUGUACAGAAGCAUCUAUUUAUAAUAGAAUGUACAAUGUUUUAGAUGGUCAUAGUACCUUUCAACAUACAGCCAAUGAAUCAUGGUUGAUAGUCUGUUCAGAGUUAACUAUCUCUAUCUAUAUAUAUAAGAUUAUAUUUAAUUUCUUAUUUUAACUUUCAUUGCGUGUGAAGCUUAACAUAUGGCCCAGUGGCUGAGUGUCUUUUGUAUCACAGCAUGCUAUUGUCAGUUAUUGUUGGCCGGUGUUUUUAUGUUAUUUCUUUACAAUUGUUGGUCUCGACAAUCUUCUUUGGCUGUGUUGCUUCACAAUAAAAAUGUAGUAAUAAUAAUAAUAAUAACUGAAACUUGGAUGAGUAAAAUUCUGAAAACUCUUUAACAAUAGAAGUCGAAUAGACUGACAAAGUCUUUUAUAUAUAAAUAGCCGAAAAAAAAAACAUUCUUUCUUUUUCACACUUUUAUAUCUCCUUACAUGCAUACUCAUAUACAGGUAUGCCCACCCACCCACUCAUCCACGCGCGCGCACACACCAACAUCAGUUUGUUGCAAAAUACUGUUUGUAUCAGACGAACACUGACUAUAGUCCUAUCUGUCGAGGACGAUGGGAGCGACGAAGGGACAGAGUUUUUCGUCUGACCGCUUGGACGGUUCCUCCUAACGACCACCCACUCGGAGGACAAUGGGAACGCAGAGUCUCGGUUACCGCCCCUUGCCGGAAGCAGUCCGUUAAUGACGUUAUUAGCUCGCUUGCCUGCCCGCUCCAGAUGAUACUCUUCCCUCCGCCGGCCGUCGAUCGCGCAACAAAGAAUCUCAGCAAGUUUCGUCGUUUUAAAUCCUGGGGCGGGGUAGGACGACCACAGUUGGAGAUUGAGCGAGUCAGUCUGGGUGGACUCAAGUCUCAUGCUCGCGAAACACAUGUCAACUGAGAAAAUUCCUAUCCAAACUUUCGAUGUGAUUUACCCACAGAAUAAAACUUAAGUAUAUCUGUGAAAAUUUAUUUUCAAUAAAAAUAUUUCUGAUAAUGAAAAGCGCUUGUGAGUCUAGUUGGUCACAAUAUGCACUAACGUGUUUAAGUGUUGUCAACCGUCAAGCAGGUGACAAUCAGGUAUGUCAAAUGUGUGUGUAUUUAGUAACAUCAUCAAAUUUUAUUUUUUUUUUUUCGACUUAUUUUGUACAGAUUGUCUUCUCUUUAUGCAUGCAGAGUUACCUGCUCAUGGCAGACAGCAUCUCCAAAGGCAUAGAGCAAGGACUCUCAGAAUGCCAGCAUCAGUUUCGCUGGGACCGCUGGGAUUGCACUGACCGAAACAUUAUGCAGGUAGUGCACAGCAGCAGAACUGAAGCCAAUCGCGAGACAGCGGUGGUGCGAGCACUAGUCAUAUCGGGGGUCAUGCACGUGGUCACGCUAAACUGCAGCACCGGAGCUCUGGACACCUGUACCUGCGACACCGAUCAUGGGCAAACACAGACAGGUCAGCAGUGGAACUGGAAGGGCUGCAAGGACGCAGGAGCCACGCACGGUGAACACGUGACCAGAGUUCUCUUCGACGAGGCCGUUGAGGAGCAGACGCGCGCGCAGCGGUCAACUUGCACAACAACCAGGUCGGCAGGACAGCAAUAUGGCGCACGAUGGAGAUACGCUGCAAGUGUCAUGGCGUCUCCGGCAGCUGCUCGCUGCGCACGUGCUGGCACCGCCUCCCGACUUCCGCAGCGUCGGCCACUUCCUGAAGCGCCGCUACGACCGUGCUGUGCACGCAGACUUCCAGGACGGGCAGCUUCGCCAUGGCAACGAGGCGCGACGUCACGGCCCGUCACUUAUUUCCUCCAAGGACCUCGUCUACCUCCUGCCGUCCCCGGACUACUGUGCCCCCAGGGUAGGGUCAGGGCACGCGGCCAGCACGGAGGGGCGCGAGUGCUCGCGACCCCACAAGACGGCGCGGGUCAAAGCCAGUCGCGCGGAGAAGCGCAGCUGCAGGACGCUGUGCACGGAGUGUGGGCUGAAGGUGCGCAGGUACAUGGUGGAGGUGAUGGCCAGGUGCAACUGCAAGUUCUACUGGUGCUGUACUGUCAAGUGCAAAGAGUGCACGGAGGUGGUGGACAGGUAUUACUGUCAGAGGUGAUAGUUCGAGAAAUACUUAAUAAACUCGGUAAUAAAGAAGAAAGACUGUUUCCAAUUAUAUCAACAGAAGGCGUCCAGUAUGGAGAAAAACUUGUGACUUCACUGGGUUUUUCUUUAAACAUUUUGUGUAGAGAUUGAUAUAAAUGACAAUUAACUAUCAAAUAAAUUCAGCAACUUCCCCACUAGGAAAAUAGUUUAUAUUUUAAUCAGUUCCCUAUUUACAUAUUACGCUGACAUUUUCUCCUUUCAUUAUUCUUCAAAACGAAAUAUCAGUAGAAGGAAAUGCGUGAAAGUGCCAUCAAAAUAUAUACAAUCUUCCAUGGAAACGUUUAAAGAUUUUUAGACUGGAAUCGCUCUUACUUUUGAUUUUGUAUUGUUAUUUUAUUAAAGUUCAUUUUCCUUUUAA